GAUGGCGGCACGACCUUCUUGCACGACCCAUGGCAGCGUGAAGGAGAUGCCUUUAAUCCUGGUCACGGCAUCACAGCCGUUCUGGAAGGUGGCGACCUCCUCGAGAAGGCGGCGGUGAAUGUCAGCAUAGUGCAGGGUACUUUGACGGCUGAGCGCGCAAAGGCGAUGAGCAGCCGGGGCCGCGGCAUUGACCCUGACGGCGGGCAGGCCUACUCAGCAGCCGCUCUUUCCCUCGUCUACCACCCGGCUCACCCCUUUGUGCCCACUCUCCGCGCAGACGUCCGCUGCUUCAAGGUUGGCGAUCAGGUGUGGUUUGGGGGCGGCUGUGACCUGACACCUGCGUACCUUUUCGAGGGUGAUGCUGCAGAGUUUCACAGAUUUUGGAAGGGCCUGUAUGGCUUGCAUGCCUCUGCGCAGGCAUCAUUAUACCCGGAGUACAAGAAAUGGUGUGAUAGCUACUUUUAUCUGCCGGCUUGGAAGGAGCACCGUGGCAUCGGAGGCAUAUUCUUCGAUGACCUCACCACAGAACAGUCCAGCUUUGACGUAGAACACUUUGUACGAGAUGUGGCUGGAGGACUCUUGCCAAGCUGGCAGCCCAUUGCUGAGCGGCGAAGGACCGAAAAAUUCAGUCAGCAGCAGCGGCAGUGGCAGCUGCAGCGGCGAGGGGCCUAUGUCUGCUUCAAUACCCUGUAUGAUCGCGGCUUCCGCUUCGGGUUGAAUGGAGGCCGCAUUGAGUCUCUGAUGGUCUCUUUUCCACCCCUUGUUGCCUGGAAUUACAAGGUGGUCCCUCAAGAGGGAUCCCAAGAGGAGGCCCUAGUGCAGGUUCUCAGGAACCCACGAGAUUGGUGA